CUAUCAGAUGCAGUCGUCAGAACAAACGAUAGCUUUACCAAGAACUGGGACGUGUUUUAUGCAAGUAUUCUCUCUCUCGUUUGCUAGCGAUUUCUCUGUCGAACUUCGUUAACUUUCUUUUUCUCGCGCAUGUCUCGAACUGUGAAUAAUAAUAAUAAUAAUAUAAAAGAGGCCUCCUAGCGUUAAUGAUGAAAACAAGACCUUAAUGAAAGCUGAGGAACUGCGCCGUUAGAAUUCUGGAACCAGUUCUGAAAAUAUUGUUUUUUGAUGAGUUAAAAGAGUCUGCGGGAGUCGUCUUGGGGAGUUACUGGAUUAUUUUCGGCGGGAAAAUGUGUUGAUUACAAGGAAUAGAAUUCUACGUUUUUAUAUUUCACAAUUGAAGAAUGUGCUGAAGAUAACAAGGAAAAUCUGAAGCCCCAAAUUAGGCAGCUAUGGGAUUGUCUUGCGGUGCAAGGUGUGCCAAAGGCCUUCUGGUCACAUUUAAUUUAUUUUUUUGGGUUUCUGGAUGUUUCCUCCUGGCCGUGGGGAUUUACCUUCUUGUCGACAAAGAAAAGACUACCCUUUUCUCUCUCAUUCAAGAGCCCAAUUUCAGCUAUUCUCUCACUCAGUAUCUGGCCUGGGCGCUAGUAUGCAUCGGAGGAGUUGUAUUUUUUAUUGGUUUCUGUGGCUGCUGCGGGGCCAUCAGAGAAAACAGAGGCCUUCUGGUCACAUACUUCAUUUUCCUGUUCUUGGUAAUGGGUGCUGAACUCGCUGUUGGUAUACUAAGUGUUAUAUUUCAAGAUAAAACUUUGGACAAACUGGAGAAUUUAUCAGAUGUCCUGAAGAAUGAAUAUGGCAUUAGUGGGCAGCUGACGGAGGCUUUCGAUUUUGCUCAAACAAAGUUUAAUUGUUGCGGAGUUUUUGGCCCGGAAGACUACGAGGAAAGUGCCUGGAAAACCCAGAAUCUUGGAAAAGGAGACAUAGUUUCAAAAACAUGUUGCAUGCUUUCCAACGAUGAUCAUUUAGAUCCAAAACCAAUGAACAGUACAUGGUGUCAAUCAGAGAAGCCAAAUGAGUAUCUUCUUUUCAGGCAUAAUGAGGGUUGUUUGAUAAAACUGGAAGAAUUUAUAAAACGUACAAGCAUACUUUUAGUGGCUAUUGGAUGUGGUGUAGCAGCACUUGAGAUAUUUGGCAUGAUUUUUGCUAUGUGCCUUUGCAAAGAAGUCUGAAAAUAUUGCAUUAAGACAUUUGUUUAUAAUUAGAGAGAAGAGAGUUGUUUAUUGCCCAAAAAGGAAAACCAAAAUAAAAUGAUAAACCAGAUUUCAUUUCAAGACAAAUGUUCAAAACAAAUUCCAAAUAUAUGCUGCUGAGCAGCUCCUAUUAUUUAAUUUUGCAUAUACUGAUGUGUAGAAACUUUUUACUCGAAAAUACUUAAAUUCAUGCAUUUAAAAGUGCUUUUGUACUAAAAAAGAAUUGAAAUUUUCAUACUUUUAGACUGGACUUUUUCAAAUCUUAAAUCUAAAAAUUAGACUGAUAUUUUUGUACACUAUUUCAAAGUUUGCUGAUAAUUAUAAUCACUGUAAAAAUGCAUAUAUAAUAAAAAUACAAUUACAAUCUUCCA